CGCAGCGCUGUGCAGCGAGCAGGGCAGAGGGGCGGGCAGGGGCACAUGAAACUGGGAAGAAAGGCCUGCUGCUGUUGUUGUUGUUGGCGAUAACUGUUCGGUCGGGGCACGAGCCAGGCCGGGGUUGGAGAAGGUCACCCGCAUCACACUGCUAUACAUUUGGAAAACACGCUGCUACGCCCGCUACCGCCACCGCCAGUGUCAGCCUGAGACACAGAGAGCAAACGCAACCACCGCCUAUCAGGGCCACCGCACACACCGCACCGUCUACACACGCUGCCCAUCCAUCUGUGCGCACCCUAGCGACACGCGGACUGGAGACAGAGAGCACUAGAGCACCCGUUCCGCUAGGUUGGACGACUUCCGGCGUGCCCAGGAAGCUUCCGCGGACCGCACAAGGCACAGCUGCAUCGAAGCAGAGCAGAGCACAAGAGAAGAUCUGAGACGGCAGAGCAGGAAGCAGGCAGGAUGAUGGCUACUUCGCUGAACUACAACAGGAAGAGGCAGCGUUUGUUGUCGAAUGGCUCGUCUGCCUCGAACACCACGCGGCCUCACCUGAUUCCGAAAAAACAGCAUUUUUCGGACUCCAUCAACACCGAGAUCAUCAACUUGGACUCGGACGACGAGGACUACGUUUUCAACAACCGUCUGGACGACUACCGCGGCUACCACGACUUGCACGACUUCCACGGCUACCGUGGCUACCGCGACUACCCCCACGAGAAUACCCAAAACGGCAGCAAGAGAACCGGCCACGGAGAUGACGAAGCCGCUGGCGACGAAGACUCUGAGAACAACGACAACGACAUUGACGUGAUAGACGUCGGCGCCGACGUCGACGGCGUGAGAAGCUCGGCCAGCAGCGACAUGCAGUUCACACGGCACGACAGCGCAACCCACUUCUACAGCCAUCAGAACACAUUCUCGGACACUGCCGCAGCCGCAGACAUCACCGCGUACUCGCACAUGGAUGAUGACCAGGACGCAGAUAUAUUCGGGGACAUCGGCGAGGACCAGUUUGGAGAGUACGCUGCCCACCGCGACCCGGACAAGAUCGACGCUGAUGCUGUUGUUGGAGAAGAUGACGACGACAACAACACCGACGUCAUUCUCCAGAACUUUGAUUACAACGACAACCUUAUUGAUACCAACGACCAUUACCACCAUCUCAAAAAUUUCGACCACGAUAACCCGAUGAAAGAUGUCUAUGACAUCGACGAUGCCCCAGGCGAUAGCGCCUAUGACGGAAACAAAGAGAGGGACGGAGAGUAUGAUGAUGGUGUUCCUGAUGAAGAGCGUUAUCAUGACGAAAAUGAAAGCGCUGUUGAUGAUACCACACUUGACAACGGUGAGAGCUACACGAAGUAUUUUCGUAACAACCACUCGCAGAAGAAUGCCACCAGGCAUCUCAGCUUCACGUCUCCUCUCAACAACUUGGUGAGCCGCUUUUUGAAGAAGUCAAAUGCACCGCCUUCUCUUUCAGCAACAACAGUUUCCAACACCGCCGACAUCGCCGACACUGCAUCUUCGAGUAAAAAGAGAACAAAAUCCCUUCCGCAGUUGGCAUACGCCAAGAUGACAUACUCUCCUGCAUUAGACAGGGACGAGAUUUCCUUGAAAAUAGGCGACGUCAAAGCCUCCUUGAUCAACCAUUACGCCGCUAACUAUACCUAUGACCAGAAUAACAACAGGCGUCAUAACAAUCUGAGAAAAUUUUCAUUUAAUCAAAGCAUUAAAUCGACAACGUCAUCAAACCCUUCAUUUUCUUCGACGUCAAAAUCUUCAGCGACUAGCUCUUACGACGAAAAAUAUCUUGCACAUUCCAAAAAUGAUCUGCAGUAUGUCAACUUGAACAACCAUAACAGCAGCGACAGCGGUAACAACAAUAACACGGGUAAUAGUAAAAGCAAUAAUAGCUCCAGUGUAAAGGAAGACGAAGAUCAGAACUGUGACGAUGAAGAUGGCUACUAUAUUGUCAAGAGUGGUGCUCCGUUUGCCAAUGGCCGUUUCGUGAUCAAGAAACUUCUAGGGCAAGGUACCUUCGGCAAAGUUGUUAAAGCUUAUGACCACCAAACAAACUCCUUUGUUGCAAUCAAGAUCAUCAAAUCGAUUCGCAAAUACAGAGAAGCAUCCAAGAUAGAAUUAAGAGUGUUGACAAUGUUGAAAAAGCAUGACCCAACAAAUAAGUUCCAGUGCAUCCACCUCAGAGAGUGCUUCGAUUACAGGGAUCACAUUUGUAUUGUUACCGACUUGUUGAAAGUAUCUCUUUAUGACUUUAUGGAUAAGAACCAGUUUCUGCCUUUUCCUGGCUCGCACAUCCAAGCUAUGACUAAGCAACUGUUGAGGUCGGUCGCCUUUUUGCACGAUCUAAACUUAAUCCAUACGGACCUAAAACCUGAAAACAUUCUUAUCAAAGAUGCUUCAUAUAGCAAAAAACCUUACCACAAGUUGAAUGACAAUGAGACUUACUUCAGGAAAAUAUUGAAGGACCCGAAAAUAUAUACGAUUGAUUUCGGAUCUGCCAUAUUUCAGGAUGAAUAUCACUCUUCCAUAAUAUCCACGCGACAUUAUAGGGCCCCUGAAAUAAUUUUAGGGGUUGGCUGGUCAUUCCCUUGUGAUAUUUGGUCAAUUGGUUGCGUCUUGGUCGAGCUGUUAACCGGCGAUGCUUUAUUCAAAACACAUGAGAAUGAACAGCACUUGGCCAUGAUGGAAAAAGUGAUUGGUAAGCCAGUCGAUUCUAAAAUGGUACGACAAUGUUUGAACCUGUACAAAACCGAUAACCGAAAUAACUACUCAAACAACCGUUUUGAUACCUCAAUAGUAAGUGCCUUUUCCAGAAGAACUGGAAAAUUGAGGUUUCCGAAACCUUCCACCGAUCACAAGCUGAUUCAAGAAGUUGAGCAGCUAAAAUCGAUCGAGUCUUUGGUGGAAGAAAAGGUCGGUUUUAAAUUUGACAUGAACCUAUCCGUCCGUGAGUCGUUAUCCCAGUUCAAAGUCAGUUUCAAAUUGAAAGACGAUUAUAUCUUCUGGUACUAUUACAUUGAUCUGAUCAAGAGAAUGUUGGUUUUUUGUCCCGAUGAGAGAACGACAGCAAAAGAUGCUUUGAAUCAUAAGUGGUUCAAGUUAGGUAUAAUGGAUGACGGUAUUUAGCCUUUGGAUCUUUUCCUUCCUUUUUUUCAUUUCCUUUCCUUUCCUUUCCUUUCCUUUCCUUUUUGUCUCUUAUUUUUCUUUGAUUCUCCAUUACUCCGUGCCACUGCUUACUACUUUUUUCUGUUUUUCCUUUUCGUCUAUCGUUGGACUCUCCGAUAAGUGAGUUUUUUCUAUUCUCUUUAUUUCUGCCAUUUUGAUUUUGUAUUUUAGUUCUUCCUGAGGUGUUAAUUCUCUCGUCCAGCAAGAGAGAAGUUUGGGUGUUAUUCCUCAUGGUUAUAUUUUGUAUUUUAUCUUUAAAUAGGUUUAUUUAUUCCUAAUACUUUUAAUUCG